CCUGGGGCUGCUGGUGCUGGUGUUGCCGCUGCUGGUGGAGGAGGAGGAGGAGGUGGUGCGGGUGGGGGCUGGGCUGGCGGGGCGGGGCUUGGGCUUGGGCUUGGGGCUGGUGGUGAUGCUGCUGCAGUAAGGGGAAGAGGGGGUGUUUUGUUCACGUUGUUGUUGAUGAGGAGGAGGGAGGAGCAGAAGAGCAGAGAGGAGGAGUGGCCUGUCUGCUGCUGCUGCUGCUGCUACUGCUGUUGGUGCUGCAGCCCACGGAAUAGGAUUUCUUCUUCGUCGUCGGGGGUCCUCGUCGUCUUCGUCGUCUAGGAAAGCAAGCAGGCCGGGGAGGGUUGGAGGGAGGAGAGGGUGGUGGUGGAAAGAGUGUGUAGUGGUGCUGGUUGUGCUCCUUCCAUCGUCGCCUGCUGCCUCAUCAUGUGAAGCGCGAAACGCAGUGGAUUUGGUGGUUCAGAUUGUUGAUGUUUUGAGAGCUGAGGAGUCUUGGCAUCGCGCAACGAAGGCGGAGGAAGGCGAUCUUUGGGGGAAGGAAUACAGAAAGAGGGCGUCGUUGCUGUCGUGUGAAAGACACAGAGGAGUUUGCACGCAGGCGUGGAGUAUCGGAGGUCUUAGGGUUUGGACAAUAAGAAGGGGAGAGCCAUGCCGUCCUAUGCUGAUGUAGACAGACAGAUAGAGCAGCUUUCAGAGUGCAAGCCCUUGUCGGAAAUAGAGGUGAAGAAUCUCUGUGAGCAGGCUCGUGCCAUUCUUGUGGAAGAGUGGAAUGUGCAACCUGUCAAGUGUCCUGUUACCGUCUGUGGCGAUAUCCAUGGACAGUUUCAUGAUCUGAUAGAGCUUUUCCGGAUAGGAGGCAAAGCUCCCGACACCAACUAUCUUUUUAUGGGAGACUAUGUUGAUCGAGGUUAUUACUCAGUUGAGACGGUCUCUCUGUUGGUGGCCUUGAAAGUUCGCUAUAGAGAUAGGAUUACAAUCCUGCGAGGGAAUCACGAGAGCAGGCAGAUUACUCAAGUUUAUGGAUUUUAUGAUGAAUGCUUGAGGAAAUACGGCAACGCCAACGUAUGGAAGUACUUUACUGAUUUAUUCGACUACCUGCCUCUUACCGCUCUUAUCGAACGCCAGAUUUUUUGCCUGCAUGGUGGGCUUUCACCCUCGCUGGACACCUUAGAUCAUAUUCGAGCUUUGGAUCGUAUCCAAGAAGUACCACAUGAGGGACCGAUGUGUGAUUUGUUGUGGUCCGACCCAGACGAUCGGUGCGGAUGGGGUAUCUCCCCCAGAGGUGCUGGAUACACAUUUGGUCAGGACAUUGCAGAGCAAUUCAAUCACACAAAUGGCCUCAAUUUGGUGGCCCGUGCUCACCAGCUUGUGAUGGAGGGCUUCAACUGGUGUCAGGAAAAGAAUGUGGUCACUGUUUUCAGUGCCCCCAACUACUGUUAUCGAUGUGGUAACAUGGCAGCCAUUAUGGAGAUUGAUGAGACCAUGCGCCGCUCUUUUCUGCAGUUUGAGCCUGCACCUCGGCAAAGUGAGCCUGAUGUGACUCGCAAGACGCCAGAUUACUUUUUGUAAAAAAAGCUGGCUCUCUGGGGCUGUCACAGAGUUUAAGUUUCUGCUGUAUAGUUCCUAGAAGGCAUAUUUUUUUAAUGAAAUAUGAAAGAACAUUCCCUUUACCUUACCCUCUUGUACCUAUGUGAACGUGGUGGUCUUGUGACCGUGUUGUCCUUAGAUGUACGAGUUCUAUUGCAAAGUUAGGGGCCAUUGUAAUGUUGCUAUUCUUUUAACUCGGCAUCGCUGCUCUUCUGCCUGCUUUGCCCCCAUUGAGUGACAUGACAACUUCGUUUGUCAGUAAAGACUUUGUACCCCUGGGGCUUCAAUUACAAAAGUGUCAUGGGGUUUAGGUUAAUGGGGGAUUUUCUCAUUUCAUGUGCUCAUGGGUUACAUACGACCGGAGUGCGAUUUUCAAGGCUUCACUGGGAUUGUAACAUGCAAAGCUGAAGUGGGCAGAGAGUGACCCUGUAUAAGAGACAGGUGUUGGUGAUCCAGUAGAGGUGCUCCACAGAAGCUCAACAAGCAAAGCGACCUGUGCAGAGAGAGCUAUUCAACCCUUGAAUCUCAUCAAGCUCAGUGGAGGACAAGUUUGCCCGUUUGUUUAUAAAGUAUCUGCUCUGCUGGUCAGCGUCAAUAUGGUCCUCUAGGUACUGGUACUGCGUGGUAGCCUUGGACCAGUUGAAUAAUUGUGACUCAACUUCAACUGGGCAGUGUACUUCGGAGGAUGAUCGAGUGAUCUGGCGCUAUGUCAAAUGGGAUUGGUUAGUGUUCGUUGUAGACAUGGUAGUUUUAGAGGGUUUUGAGUCUUAGAAUUGUACGCAGUACUAAUUCCAUGUAGACUUUUUGGGGGCCUUACAUUUUGUGAACUCUGGCAACUUGGCCAGGUCCCUUGAUAAGGGCAACUGUUGAGGCUUUCAAUUGAAUGCUGGCUCUUAUUUGGAGAAUGCUCAUCUUCUCCGUUGUCAAGCCGGGUGUUUUUUA